UCAACUUCCUUCUAUGCGGAAAAGUAGCCAAAGAUAGAAUGAGGAAAUUUAUAAGGGUAUUUCAAAAAACUCAUGGAAAAUGGAACCAAAAGAUAUGUUUUUGUGCUUCCGCCCUGGCCGCCAUUGGAAAGCUGCAGCCAUGGCCCUGCGCUACCCCAUGGUCAUGGGCCUCAACAAAGGCCACAAGGUGACCAAGAACGUGGGCAAGCUGAGGCACAGCCGCCGGCGUGGGCGCCUCACCAAGCACACCAAGUUCGUGCGGCACUUGAUCCGGGAGUUGUGUGGCUUCGCCCCCUACAAGCGCCGUGCCACAGAGCUGCUCAAGGUCUCCAAGGACAAACGGGCGCUCAGGUUCAUCAAGAAGAGGGUGGGCAUCCACAUCCGUGCCAAGAGGAAGCGCGCGGAGCUGAGCAGCAUCCUGGCCGCCAUGCACAAGGCGGCCGCCAAGAAGGACUGA